AUGGAGUUUAUAAUGAUGGUGGUGGUAGUGAUGACGAUGGUGGUUUGUGGGGGAGGUAGUGGUGGAGGAGGUGGGGGUGGUAGUGGUGGUGGCGGUGGGAGUGAGGUGAUGGAGGUAGUGGUGGUGGUUGUGGAGGUGGUAGCGGUGGCAGUGGCAAUGAUGGUGGUGAUGCUGGCAGUGGUUGUGGUAGUGGUGACGAUGGGGCUAAUAGUGGGAGUGGUAGUGGUGGUAGAGAUGGGAGUAAGGGUGGUGGCGGUGGGAGUGAGGUGA